AUGCCCUCCAUCAGGCUCGCGUCUGCUGUCGCGGCGGCCGCGCUGUUCGCCAUGGCAUCUGCCCAGGACGCAACGUCGUCGAGCGUCCUGUUCAUCCCAACGCCAACCAAAACCGUCGCUGCCAGCGCCAUGGAGACAAUGGGAUGCUUCUCCACCGGCGUUCCACUCGAGGACCACGGUAAAGGAUAUUUCACGAGUCCUGGGUCGUGUCAGCAAAUCUGCCUGGGACUGGAUAAGAAUGUGCUCGGUCUGUCCGAUGGCGACCACUGCUGGUGCGGAGAUGCAUUCCCACCGGAGAACUCACAGGUCGAUAACUCGACUUGCUCUACGACAUGUGCCGGAACUAGCGAAGAAAUCUGUGGAGGAGACGGCGCGUUAUGGGUCAUGACGACUGGGAACACGCGUAAUAAGGUCAACUACUUCGACCCCGCGAAACUAAGCUCCUCGGCUACACCAUCAUCGAAGGCGACUGCCGCGCCGACGGCGGGAGGGGCCAACACCGUCGUCGUCACCUCGACCGACGUUCCAUCAGACACUGCCAAAAGCAGUAGUCCCAACAAGGCCGGCAUCGCUGCCGGGGUCGUGGUCGGUGUCGUAGCGCUUGCUGCCAUCAUUGGCGGCGUCUUCUUCUAUCUGCGCCAGAAGAGGAGACGGGAGGUCGAGGAGGAGUACCGUCGUCAGGCGGCCGUCAACUCGUUCGUCUCGGGCGGCAAGCUACACACCAGCAACUCGUCCAUGACGGACUCGCGCCUGGAUCCCGACUUUCUCGCCAGGAGGCAGAGCAAUGGCAGCAUUGCAGACAACGAGGACUAUUCGAGACGGAUAUUGAAGGUUACCAAUGCAUGA